CUCCAAGCAUGUCUCUCAAGGUCGCCGUCCUCGCCUGCAUGGCUGUCGUCGCUCUGUGCGACAAGGCCCCAGUCCACAACCCCCUUCCCCUCGUCUACACCCCUAGACCUGCCUACCACGCCCCUACACCUUAUCACGCCCCCGAGCCCGCCUAUCACGCCCCCGAGCCCGCCUAUCACGCCCCCGAGCCUGCCUAUCACGCCCCCGAACCUGCCUACUACGCCCCGAGCCUGCCUACCACGCCCAUGCACACUACGAGCCAGAAUACCCUGAUGUGCCCCCGAAGUACAACUACAACUACGGCGUCGCCGACGGUUACUCCGGCGCCAACUUCGCCGCCUCGGAGUCCCGCGACGGCUACAAGACCGAGGGCAGCUACACCGUCGACCUCCCCGACAGCCGCAAGCAGACCGUCAAGUACGUGGACAACGGCGAUGGUUAUGUAGCUGAGGUCACCUACGAGGGCGAGGCUCAGUACCCCGAGCACACGUCCGCCUACAAGCCCGCUCCCCCCGCCUAUGCUUAAGUAAUGAAUUGUUAUAGAGAGAAUGAUAUAAAGGAGU